AUGCUUCUGGCUAAGCAACAUCGCAGUGUGAUCAAGAUGGUGAAAAUUUUUAACGAGGAAGAAAAGACAAGGACAUCCCAUUAUGGUGGCUAUUCCCAUGAUGCUGUGGUGUAUGCACUUCAGAAAUGUGGCAUCCGUCAUAUUGACACAGCAAAGAGGUAUGGCUGUGAAUUGCUCCUGCAGAAGUCUAUCCAGGAGAGUGGGAUCAAGCGGGAAGAUCUCUGGAUAACCACCAAACUCUGGCAUAGUGACUACGGCUAUGAGACCACGAAACAAGCCUGCAUAGAGUCUUGCAAGAGACUUGGUGUGGAAUAUCUAGAUCUUUAUUUGGUGCAUUGGCCUGAUGCCCAUUUCCCUGGUAAAAGCAGCAGAGAAAUCAGAGCAGAGACCUGGCGAGCCAUGGAGGAACUCUAUGAGACAGGUUUAUGUCGAUCUAUUGGAGUAAGUAACUUUCUCAUUGAUCACUUGGAGCAACUCAGAGAAGACUGCCAGAUAACCCCACAUGUAAAUCAGGUUGAAUAUCAUCCUUUUCAAAGGCCUCAAGAAUUAGUGAAUUACUGCCGAAGAAGAAACAUUGUUUUUGAAGGCUACUGCCCACUAGCUAAAGGUGAAGCCCUUAGUCAUCCCAGCAUAAUUAAACUCGCAAAGAAAUAUGGCAGAACCCCUGCACAGAUCUGUAUACGCUGGAGCAUACAGAAUGGCAUUGUCACUAUACCAAAAUCUACAAAACCAGAGAGGAUCUGGGAAAACUGCCAGGUAUUUGAUUUUAGCCUUGAAAAAGAAGACAUGGAAUGUUUAGACUCCAUGAACGUCAACAGAAAACUGAUUCACCUUACCUACCCAUUAUGGAAGGGAUGACCGUGAACAAGAUCACUGCAGAUGGCCAGGAUUCAAAAUAAGAUGGAUUGCCCUACGUCUGUCUCCACUGUUGUUCUUAAUGCAUUCUGAGCUGCUGCAAAUGGCAGCCAUUGUUGAAUAUUGCAUGCACAAGCCAAUCUUCCUCUCAUUAAGAAAUUAUUUCAGGCAAUCAAAUGUCCCCAACUUCCUGUUAUACCAAAAGAUAUUUUGGGAAAUUGUCAGUCUGAUCUGAGUAAAAAUGAUAUUGCUGAAGACAGCUAAUGUCCUGUGAUGUUGGCCAUGAAUUUUUCCACUGGAUGUUGGUGAAAAUUAGCGAGUGUGGUGAUUUUAAAGUCUUGUCUACCAAUGAUUUUUGCAUAAAGGUAACUAAGGGCUCAUUCCAGCGAUGAUUUAAACUGAUUUGCUUAUCGGUUUAUAUGUGCCUCCUUCACACUGGAAACUAUUUCAGAACGGACUGAAUUCAGUUUGGAUCGUGGAGAUUUACAGGUGAAGCAAGACAAAUGCAAAGAAUCGCUUUUUUUGAAGACGGAUCUUUUGGUGGUUCUUUAGAAAAGAAUUGCGUUGCGUGUUCAACAAAUGUGAAUGAGUUUCGGAUCUGAAUUGCAGCGCACUGGAGGGGAGGGACUUAUAGCAGAGGGUUGUCCCAGGUUUGGGGAAUUCCACCAUUUUUCUCCUCUUAGCAUUCCGUCAAAAGAUAACUAAGGUUGCAAGAGGCAAGAAGGAUGAAGGGCUGAAGGGCUAAGAGCUGGCCUGCCUUUUUCCCUCGGCUGCCAAUGAUGCCGGCCAUGGCCCCAGGCAGGCAGAAGGGGAAACUGAAAUAAUUCGCCUGCGAUAGUGGGAACUAUGCAUCAAUAUGAAUCAUUUUAGCAACCCCAUGUCAAUGCGACUUGCAAACCGGUUUAAAUACAAGUGGGAAUGAGCCCCUAAUCAAUUUAAACAGAUACUGCUAUACAUCAUUGUUAUCCAAUUUUACUGGCAAUAAAGGUAUUUAAACUAAUGGAGCUUUCUUCAUUGAAUUUCUUUUAAUUCAAAUACUUAUAAGCAAAAGUUCCUCUGUUUAGAUAUGGUUCAGACAAGGCAGUGUCUUAAAAAGUAGACU